UAUAUUCCAUUUUUUGACAAAUUUGGAAUAGCAUGCAACCGUCGCUGGAACGGCAGGAAUCUAUAGCUACUACAGAGGCCAGAUUGAGGAUGGAAGGAGUGGAACUGAAAGAAGAGUGGCAAGAUGAAGACUUUCCAAGGCCUCUUCCAGAGGAUGAAGACUGUUUACCAAAUGCAAGUGGAAGAGAAAGCAUCCCUGCAUCACAUCUAUUGGAAGUCAAUGGAAACAAGAAAGUUAAGAAGAAAUUAGUGGCUCCAGAUAUUUCUUUGAAUCUGGACCACAAAGACGAGUCUUUUUUAUCUGAACUGGACGAGAGCGUGGAUAUUGAUUUAGAUGAUUUAGAGACCCCGUCUGAAAAUAGCAAUGAAUUUGAAUGGGAAGAUGAUCUUCCAAAACCUAAAACUACUGAAUUGAGGAAAGGCUCAAUCCCAGAGUAUAGUGCAGCAGAAGAAAAAGAUGAUGAACGGCGGUGGCGAUUGUUUAGAAUUGGGGAGCAAGAUCACAGAGUUGACAUGAAAGCCAUAGAGCCUUACAAAAAAGUAAUCAGUCAUGGAGGUUAUUACGGGGACGGGUUAAAUGCCAUUAUUGUAUUUGCAGUUUGUUUUAUGCCUGAAAGUAGUCAACCAAAUUAUCGAUAUUUAAUGGAAAAUCUUUUCAAAUAUGUAAUUGGAACUUUAGAAUUGUUAGUAGCAGAAAAUUAUAUGAUAGUCUAUUUAAAUGGUGCCACAACACGAAGAAGAAUGCCAAGUCUUGGAUGGCUUCGAAGGUGUUAUCAGCAGAUAGAUAGAAGGUUACGCAAAAAUUUGAAAGCCUUAAUUAUAGUACAUCCUUCAUGGUUUAUUAGAACACUUAUAGCAAUUACACGACCAUUCAUAAGUUCAAAAUUCAGCCAAAAAAUUAAGUACGUGUUCACACUGAAGGAAUUAGCUGAACUUAUUCCUAUGGAGUAUGUUUGCAUUCCAGACUGCAUCAAAGAGUAUGAAGAAGAAAAAUUUAGAAAAAGACGAAAAAGGAUUGACCAGGAGCUUAACGAGAAAUCAGAGCAAGAACAAAGUAAGCACUGAGUUCUUAAGUGCAAGCACAAAGGAGACUGAAGAAUGUGCAGAAGGAAGGCUGCUACUUGUUUUUAUAAAGCUCUGUCGGUCCAACCAGUCUAUAAACCACUGUUACAGAUUGCCUUUUUAAAACUUUUUCAGGCUGUUAUGGAAUAUUCACUGUUGUAUUAAUAUGCCAAACACUUGAUUUUUGAAAUGGGCCUUAAUGGUAAUUACAUAAUGUAUCAUAAAUGUAUUUUUGAUGCCACAACCUUUGUCCCACUUUUUAUGUAACAUUCUCAAAUUUAUUAUACAGUAGAGUAAGGAUGCAUGUUCUUCAGUGAAAUAUUUAUAUUCAUAAAUGGUUAAGGACAGAGAUUAAUAUAUUUUUAUGAUAGUUUUUGAGCAAUUCUGUGUAUAUGUAUGCCUGUGGAACAUAUAUUGUAUGCCUUCACAGGUUUAAUAGCCAUACAUGACAGCUGAUAUAAUUUUGUUUGCUUGUAAGAUGCAUGUUGAACUUUGUGUUAAAAAAAAUAUUUUGCAAAGGAAACAUUUAGUUUUAGACAUUAUUAAAGUGUUAUGCUUCAGCCUUCAGGCUUUUACUACUGUCUAUGUCUCAUGUACAGAUGUAAUGUAAAAAGUGUAUUUCUUUUUACACAUUUAUAUGUGCCGAAUGUCAUUUUGCUGUGCCAUUAAAAUAUUAAGUUUCCAGGACUGUUACAUUAAACCAAGUUUUGGUCAA